AUGGGUCGUAAAAAAGUUGAGAUGAAAAAAAUUGAAAAUAAUUCAUCAAGAUUAGUGACAUUUUCAAAGCGUCGAUCUGGUCUUUUUAAGAAGGCAAAUGAGAUUUGUACCUUGUGUGGAGCCAAGAUAGCAAUAAUUGUUUUUUCUCCUGGUGGAAAACCCUAUUCUUUUGGCCAUCCAAGCAUUGAGCAAGUUCUUCAUAAAUAUCAAAAUGACUUUACUCCAAAGAAAUCUAAAUCUCACAAGGUUAGAACUGCUAAACUUAGACAAGAACUUGCUAAUUUGGAUGAUCUAUUAGAAUACGAAAACAAAGUUGAGUUUACGAAAAAUCAAUCAAUAUCACAACUUGAUCUUGAUCAACUCGUGAAAUUACAAGAGCAAAUGCAAGAUCUUUCAAGGAAUGCAACUAGGCAUGUGCAAGAAAUUGAAGCAUCACAAGCUCUAUUGAUGUUGGCAAAUAGUUCUUUUGAAUAG